AUGGCCAAGGGUAGCAUUGCAUCAAGUCUUGCGGAGUUGGAAGGCAAGAGCCAGCCAAUCGACCCUGUUUCCUGUGACAGUCUUGCUGCUGUCUACCGAAAUUCCGAUAGUGCAACCUGGAGUGAUGAGCUUGAGGCUGUGAUUUCAGAGAUGGGCGGUGAGCAGCAUGCAUCCUUGGUUGAGAAUGCCAAAGGCCACCCAAAGUUCAAGGACUUUUUGCUAGUAUUUCUUGCUCAGCCUGGAAUUGAAUCGUCACUCGAUUCUUCUGAGUGCCAGUUUGGCGAGUGUCAAGAGACACAGGCCGAGGACCUUUUCGAAUUUAUGAAGUGGCUGGUUGCAAAUGGAGAAGAACAUGAUGCAUCAGCCUCCUCAGCGCCUACUACUUCAGAAGAGAAGGGCGGGAAUGAAGGAAUUGAGAAGACUGAGCUCAAGGGCAAGGUUGAAGAGAUUCCGCUCGCGAACCUUGUGUCGGUAUUCAAUGAUCACAUGAUGUACAUCAACAAGGCCAUUGACCCAGAAGACGAUACAACAGAAUCGCCAGAGUUUAAAGCCUGGCUCCCCAAGUACCAAGCCUACCUUCAAAAAGUGGAGGCAUAUCUUCGCAGUGUCUCAGAGGUAUACCCGACGUUGUUUCAAGACUUCAGAAACUACAUGCUGAACGAGAUUGGCGUGGACCCAGACAUUUGGGCCUUUGGAGACCCUGUUGAGUCGGAAUUGGACAGUGAUCUUCGUGAUUGGCGAAACUUCCUCUCCUCAUCGACAUCAAUGGCAUCUACCUUGACGAUCGAGGUUGGCCGGAUGAUGAAGAUUGCCCAGGGCCACCCCAUCUUUGAUGAUGGCUUUGUCGGCAUAUUUAAAACGACCCAGAAAGAGCCCAACACAGAGACGGAUAAUUUGAUCUUGUUUGAGGAUUGGGUCGGCAGCUUGUCAGGCCCCAUUGGCUUUGACGAAUUCAAGAGCUUGCACCACAAGUUCCCCUUGCCUCCAUGUGAUGGUGCACCGGACAUCAACGAUUUGUUGGAGUCGGCGGCUGAGGUGGUUUACGAGUUCAUGUGCGAAAAAGAGCCAUACAAACGCCGUUUCCUAGAAGAGGCUUUUCCAGAUGAGGAUUGCUGCAUUUUCAAAGAUGCAACAGAGCUCUACACUGACAAAAGGGCUUGUGCUCGCCAUGACAAAGGAGGAGGCUGUCAAUGUGAAAUUCCGGAUGAGCUCCUGAUCCUCACAGCAGGAUUCUCUUGCAAGUCGUUCUCAAAGAUGAAUCCAGAGUAUAGCAACCUUUUGGACGCAAUCCGAACAGACAACAAGGACAGUUCUUCGGCCCAGACUUUCAAUGGUACGUGUAAGGUGCUGGAUGAGACUGAAGUUCAAGCCUUCAUCUUAGAGAAUAUGGACCUCAACGAUGACGAUGACUCCAACCUUGACAAUAUCCUCAAGGCCUUGUCGCAGAUCGGGGGUGGCUUUCGUGUCCGUGCCUUUAAACUGUACAGUACAGACUUCGGUAUUCCGCAGCGUCGCUGCCGACUUUUCUUCAUCGGCUUCUCCGAGAAGUCACAGGGAGAAGCGUCCAUGGCGAAAGUUGAGCAGAUGUUGCGAGGUUUUCGUCUCAAAAGGCAAACACCCGACGCAUUCAUGCUACCUGCCAACCAUCCGGCAGUGGUUGCUGAAUGUGAGCGGCGGGCUGAUGUCAAGCUUGCCCGUGAAUGCCCUGACGAAGAUGAUGAUGGUCAAUCCCCCAAGCGUCGUAAGAGACAGACCGAAAAGGAACCCCAUGACUCCUUGGUCGAAAAGGAGACUGUCAAGUGGAAGUCACUUCACAUUGAAAUGGCUGAGAAGAGACACAAGGCUGAAUCGACUGAACUGAGCUUCACUGAAGUAAGAAAGAAAGUUAAAGAAAGUAUUUUUUGUGAAAUCCCGACGACGACAAACGACAAUUGA